AUGGCCGAAAACAAGGUUCAUCCAACCACCAUUGUUUCCAACAUCAAGGCGUGCAUCCCUAUCACCCUUGAUUAUGAAGGAAAACAAUACAACAGCUGGUCCACCCUUUUUCAACUUCAUUGUCGUGCUAAUAUGGUGAUCAACCACAUUCAACCUCUAACAGUUAAUCCUUCGGUCGCGGUUCCCGCUCCGACGGAAGCCGAAAAGGCUUUAACACAGAGAAUUGAUGACAUUGUUCGUCAAUGGAUUUACGGGACCAUUUCUAAUGAUCUCCUAAAUUCCAUCCUCGAUCCUGAUGACUCGGCACUAAAAACUCUAGCUGAUAAUUUGAGGAAUGUUGGAGAUAAAGUCUCUGACAAUCGAAUGGCUCUACAACUUUUGAAAGGCCUCUCAGAUGAAAAAUAA